CCAGCACUGACUGGACAAAAAGAUUAGAUGACGCCGUCCUGUGCUGCUGUCGUUGGUGGGCGGAGUUGGUUGCGGCUUUAGUUGAUGUAAUAGCUCUGGAAGGCAGAAAUGGGUCAGGAAGCAGGCAAGCCAGCCUGGCCCAAACCAGCUGGAGGCUAUCAGACGAUCACAGGAAGGAGAUAUGGCAGAAGACAUGCAUAUAUAGGCUUCCGACCAACUUUGGCAAAGCAAAACAUCCCAUCUCCAGAAAAUGACAUGGAGUGGCAGGGACUGGAGAUGAGCAGUGUUCACGAGGAGAAUCCUUUAUCAUCAAAUGGACAAAUCACCUCAACAUUACAAGCCAUAUUACCUGUGGAAUCUAAUUCAGUUCAUCCAGAAGCAAGUGGAACAAACUUUUUCAAGGAUGUCCCCAGAGUAAAACAUGUAGCUUCUCAAAAGGGCAAUGAGGCCACUUCUUUCUCGUAUAAAAAGCUGAAGUCUGAUUGUGAUGACCCUAAUUCUAAGAAACAUUUAGGACCAAAGAAAAGUUCAGAGGCCUGUGCUUGGCCAACAUUUGAAGACCAGAAGGAACGCUCUAGAAGCCCAAUUGGUUUGAGUUUUGUAAAUAUCGACUCUUAUGAACCAGACAGCAGUGAUGGAGAGGAGGAUGAACUUAGUGGAAAUUCAUCAAUAGAAGCACAUCCUGGCCUUCAAAAACGAUUGGACAAUAUGAUCUGUGAGCUAGAGAAAGAAUUUGAUUAUCUCAGUGGUUUGCAUUCUUACCUGUGUACAAAGACCUGUGAGAACCAUGAACCUCUACCUAAAAGUUCUUGUCCUGAAAAGGACAUUGAGGAGCCACAGCAGAACAGUUUUGUCAGUCAGAAAAGCAAUUCUUCUCUGAGAGAAGAGAGCAUUAACCUGUCAAACAUCUGUAAUGACAGGCAAAAAAAGCAUGAGGACUCAGAGAUCAAUGUUUCCUUAGUGAGUGAGUGCACCCCUCAGAAAAGCUUUGACUGGAAUAACGACCAAGGGGUUUCCCAGACAGAAAUGGUAGUCCGACCAAAAAUAAGGAAGCAGUCCACUGACAGCCAUUUGGAGAAAAGCAAAGGCUCUCAGCUAGAUGAUGGUCAACAUGCAUUUUGCAGGAAAACACAGGCUGCAAAUAACACGUGGAGCUCCAUACCCCCUUUCUUUUUGACUCAAACUGAGAAGCCAGAAAAGGAGUUCCUCUAUGAGAAUAGUUGCACCGACUCUGCCCCUGAUGAACUGAGGCCUUUUGAAGGAAAGCAGGAGCGUAUGGAGAUGCACAACAGGAAUAAACAUGAUGAGGAAGAUGAUGACCUUUGGGAGGAUUUGGAGGACUUCGGUGAAAAGUGUGCGUCCUUCAUCAAAGAUGAUAACAGUUCAGAGUGCAGUGAAGGAGAAUGGUCAGCCACCUGCACCUCUGAGUCAGGUGUGGACAAGCAGCAGUGCUCCAGUGGUGAAAGCUGGGAAACCCUGCCGGGGCUGGAUGAGCCAGAACAUGACCUUCAGAGCAACAGCAGCAGCUUGGACGAUAUUCCUGAUAUCAGCUUUAAUCCAGAAGGGCCAAUGCUGUUAGAAGAGGGCGAAAUCCCUUGGCUUCCUUACCAAGAAGAGACGGACAGCAGCAGUGAUGAAGAGACAGAUGGGAUGAGCCACUUUGUUCACCCAGGUCUUUUUAUGCUUGAUGGGAACAACAACUUUGAAGAUGAUUCUAGUAUGAGUGAAGAUUUUGAUGCAGAGUGGAGAUUACUGGAUGAAUUUGGUGAAGGUUUUGGAGUAGCUCAAGCUAUUUCUUAUGUGGACCCACAACUGCUCACUUACAUGGCUCUUGAAGAAAGACUAGCUCAGGCAAUGGAGGCUGCCCUGGCACAUCUAGAGUCCUUAGCUAUUGAUGUGGAACAAGCUCACCCUCCAGCCACUGAAGAAAUAAUUGAUUGUCUGCCACAGAUCACAGUAUUGGAAGAUCACCAUGGCCAGGAACAGUGUUGUGCCAUCUGCUGUUGUGAAUAUAUCAAAGACGAAAUAGCAACUGAGCUGCCAUGUCAUCAUGUAUUUCAUAAAACCUGUGUGUCCCUCUGGCUACAAAAGUCAGGGACAUGUCCGGUGUGUCGCCACGUUCUGUCUCCUGCACUCCCAGAAGCAGCCGUUGCCACUUCCUUUGUGUCGGAUCAUGACACUCCCCCGUCCACCCACAGUGCAGCAGGAAUGCGAUGAGGACCAAACAUGCAAGGAUAAACAGGGACCCGCAAGAUUUUUUUUAAAUUCAAUUUUCCAGUGUAAACAAAUACCGAAAAGCAGUACUCCAGCAUAGCAUAGUUUAAUCUCCUGUGCACAUGAUGUCUUAAUUCUUAGUGUAGUAAUACAAGUGUUAGAUUGAAAGUUAAAAAACUCUACGAAUGACUGUACUGUUUUCUGGGAAAAUAUCGUCAACACAAGCUUUUGUUAUUUUUCUGUUUUGAAAAAAGUCAACCGAGAGGAUGCAUCAAGCUUUUAUGAACAUUCACAAAAUGUGGAAAAAAAUGACAAAUUUGCUUUAAUUAAUACUUAAAAUGCAUAUCUGAGCGGUGAAUGUUAGCAAGUUAUCGGUUUAAAUUAUACAUGCAUAAAUGUAGCAAAAUUGUGACCUAUAUGGUCCACAUGGAAAUAUUGUUUGUUUCAACUGCUCGCUUUGCUUCUCUUCAGCUAUUGAAAUUGAAUUCACAGAUAACUGCAGUGCAUAUUGUGUAUAUUCCCAAUUUACUCAUUUGCAAGGUAUUUUGGUCCCAGUGUUCAAUAAAGGCUGUAGCUCUUUCUCCAAGA